UAGACUCUCCUCUGAAAUGGUAUCUUCCGGGCUGACUCCGGGUUCUUCCUUUUCCUACUGAAGUAGCAGCCAUGAGCAUGCUCAGGCUCCAGAAGAGGCUGGCCUCCAGCGUCCUGCGCUGCGGGAAGAAGAAGGUCUGGCUGGACCCGAACGAGACCAACGAGAUCGCCAACGCCAACUCCCGCCAGCAGAUCCGUAAACUCGUGAAGGAUGGUCUUAUCAUUCGCAAGCCCGUUACGGUUCACUCCCGGGCCCGCUGCCGCAAGAACACGCUGGCCCGCCGCAAGGGCAGACACAUGGGAAUCGGUAAGAGAAAGGGUACAGCCAACGCCCGUAUGCCAGAGAAGCUGUGCUGGAUGCGCCGCAUGAGGAUCCUGCGUCGUCUGCUGCGCCGCUACAGGGAGUCCAAGAAGAUCGACAGGCACAUGUACCACAGCCUCUACCUGAGAGCCAAGGGCAACGUGUUCAAGAACAAGCGCAUCCUCAUGGAGCACAUCCACAAGCUGAAGGCCGACAAAGCCCGCAAGAAGCUGCUGGCCGAUCAGGCCGAGGCCCGCCGCUCCAAGACGAAGGAGGCCCGCAAGCGCAGAGAGGAGCGUCUCGCCGCCAAGAAGGAGGAGAUCAUCAAGAACCUCUCCAAGGAGGAGGAGACCACCAAGAAGUAGCGUGGCUCCCUGCGAGCCGCCCGACUCUGCCGCCAAUAAAAGUGUACAUAAAACACA